UCGAACCGGUGGCGAUGGCCCCGGAUACGAUUCCGGCGACCGGUUCGUCUGACUCGUCCGGGACCACGUCCAGCGGCUCCACGACACUGCUCAAGCAGGUGCAACGCAUGCUAACGCCACCGGCCGAUCUGCUCGAAUGGAAGGAUAUGCCGCAGCAUCUCCAGUUCAACCCGUACGUGCUCACCGGCUACCGGCCGCUGCAGGGUGUGAAGGGUUGCCUUAGCAGCCUGUUCUACGUACACAAUGAAACCAUCAAUAUUCUCACACACGGCAUUCCAAUUGUCUACAUCCUGGCAACAGUGCCGGCAAUGAUGCCAUGGGAGAAAGAUUAUCGCUUUCUGUCGUGGUGUCAUCUGGUCGGUUCCGUUGCACCGUGGUGCGGCAGCUUCGUCUACCAUCUGUUUAUGAACCUGGAGAACGGCGAGGGCAUCUACUACCGGCUGCUACAGCUCGACAUGCUCGGCAUAUGGAUCAGCCAAAGUUUCGGAGCGCUACCGAUGGUAACGGCAACGGUAUACUGUUUAAAUUUCCCAUUAAAAUGGCUGCUCAUCAUUUCCUACUCGCUGCUGUGCAUUUGGGGCCUCUUCAAGGCAAUGACGGCUUCAUCGCCUUGGCAGCGACGGUUAUGCUUUCUGCUGCCGUUCAGCAUGCGUAUCAUCCUCACGUUGCUGCGAAUCUCGAAGCUCGGUGGCGGAAAUCCUACCUCACUCACCCACGUCUUUUUGCAGGAUGCCGUCUCGGCCGUGGGUGGAGUAAUUGGAGCGAUGCAUAUCCCCGAGAAAUGGUUUCCCGGAAGUGUUGACAUCUAUUUGAACUCGCAUAACAUCAUGCACGUCCUGGUGGUUGUUGCCGUUUACUCCAUGCACCAGGCUACCAUACGGGACAUCGAAUGGAUGCAGCGGGCAGAAUGUAACGGGCUCAACUAUACCUCAACGUUCAACAUAGACUCGAUAAACGGGUCACAUCUGGAGCUAUGACUUGCAACGGCAGGAGUAGCAGCAGCAUUAUUAGCUCAACCGUGUGCUGCUUGCCAUGCCGGUGCCGACCGUCGGGUGGGUGCCAGCAGCCGCUUUCCAGCACAUACAGCCCGCGUCCGUCAAUUCGGUAUUUUCGAUCCAUCAAAACCGUUCGAAACGGUGCGAUUUUGUAGCGUAAACUAAUUAGGCGUUGCGUCCAAGAGCAAGAAAGAAGCAAGAAAUACUAUGGCACGUUGCCAAGCUGCCUACAACGUGGUGUAAAAGGCGCCACUGGCUGGCUGGCUCCGGUAAUGAAAUUAAUUGUGAAGAACCAAUGCCACCUACAGGCAAAACAUUCAACAUACACACACAGACACACACACACACACACACAAACAUUCGUACACACUCAUUCAGGCUUCCUCGUCGUGCCCACGAAUAUGUUUAAAUGCAUUAAAAAAGCAACUUUGAAACAUUCUUGCUCCAACCAAAUAGAGUAUGCUUGCUAUUGUUGCCACCGCACUGAAGGCCACUAUUACAAAAUGGCCGCGCAAACUGCGCUUCCCGUUUGGUCGCAUUGCUCCAGUAAUGGAAUAACAUCGAAGAUAAGGGAAGGACCCUUACAAAGUUCCACUAGCGGGGCUUGUCCACACGUUUCCCCUUUCUCGCCUUCCGACGUCAAAGACACAUAUAUAAACAGACACAUACAUGCCCAUACAAACACAUACACACACGUUUCGAUACGCUUGUGAUCGAGUGAGGUGCCUGAACGAGACCAUAUGCGGAAGACCAUGAAGGAACAACAACAAUUAAAACAGAAAAGAUAAACCAAUACCAAUACUCCAUUUUGGGGGGCCGGUAGGACGAGAACCGACCUCCCCCCCCCCCCCCCUCCUCCUCUCCCCUCAUGUUUAAUGUGUAAGCGUCAUGACCUCGUUUCAAAAGAAAAAAAAAACAUGAUACCGCGCGGAUGCUGGUUCAGCCCACACGGGUGCUUUGUUUUAGGCUACAGGCAGAGCUGCGUACCGCGUCGAUGCGUUGGUUCUGAUAGUAGUAGUGCGGCAGCGGAUAAA